AUGUUAAAAAAUCUAAAAAUUAUUAUAUCCUUUCCUCCUGAAUUUAAUCUCGAUGAGUGGGGCCGUAAUCAGUGGGAAACACACUCGACUAAGCAGCGAUCUACUGUUCAAACUUAUGCGAAGUACCAAGUAAAGUCUUUUGUCGAAACUCGUGAUUUUAAAUGCCGCAAAAGAAAGCUCUCAGACGCUGGCUUAGAGGGAGAAUUCGUCAUUCGAAUGAACAAGCAAAUCAAAUUUGGAACCAAUGUGGAUCUCAGCGAGCCGAAAUUAUUCGGCGAACACCUUGACGAAAUCAAUAAACUGCCCUGGUGGCUGCGGCUCGACGACAGAAGCAAUCCAUUGAGCCAAGUUGGCUACCCAAUUUUAGGAAUGAACACGCUUCAGUUGUAUAUGAAGGUGUUGGGCUCGCGCACACCUGGACAUCAAGAAAAUUUAAACAUGCCCGCAGUCAAUAUUAAUAUUGGACCAGGAGACACGGAGUGGUUCUGUACGCCUCCAGAAUACUGGGGAGCGAUCAAAAAGAUGUGCCAGGAGAAUAAGGUCAAUUAUCUCUCUGGUUCCUGGUGGCCAAAUCUUAAAGAACUUGAGGAUGCCGGUAUUCCAGUCCUUAGAUGUACGCAAAAGCCUGGUGAUCUCAUUUUCCUCAAUGCUGGCACAGUUCAUUGGGUUCAGAGCACGGGAUGGUGCAACAACGUAGCGUGGAACGUAGGGCCCUUUAAUGCCGAUCACUUCAAACAAGCAAUAGAACGGUAUCAAUUCAACGUCGGAGAAGGCUACCAAAGCUUGAUCCCCAUGGCGCAGCUUACCUGGCUGAUGGCCCGGGAACGGCGUGAAUUUUCCGCGAUUCUGAGUCCCGAAUUCAAGACCCUUCUCAAACUAUGCAUGCAACGGAUUUUGUGGAACUUGCAACGCCAGCUGUACAAGUUCAAAAAGGCUGAAUAUCGAAUAGUCUAUCAACCGGAAUUUGGCAAAUCACCGCCUAAUUAUUGUGAAAAAUGCGAUGUCGAGCUAUUUUGCAUAUUGUUCGUCAAAGCUGUGCCUGAUUAUGAUGAAAAUGGAAAACCACUGCCCCUCGAGACAUAUUGUGAAAAAUGUGCUCACCAAAUCUGUCCCCUUCGACAAACAUGGAUCGUCCUUCAGCAGCAUGCUCUAGAAGACUUGGGCCAAGUCAUAGAUGAUCUCGCUGCUGACUGCUAUUCAAAUCCACCUGUAACAGUUAAAAAAGAAAACUCAGAUAUUUAG